GUCUUCGGUUUUGUUUUAUUUAGAAGUGACACAGUUUGAUGAACAAAUUAACUUUAUAAUCAGAAUUAAAUACACCGGGAGGUUCGAUGUUGCUAUGGGGGGCAUUGUGCUUGACUGUUUACAUGAUUUUCACAAUGGCCUUAUUAAAAUGACGCCUAGUUGUUUGUGAAGAGGGUUAUUUUCGGCAGGAUACCCGAAACAAUAAAUAUCUUAAGCACAGACAUUCUCAUAAAGUCUCUGUUAUAUUGUUUUCUUUUAAAAAAACAAUUAAUAAAAACUCUUACACCAACUUAAAACUAACUUGAAAGGAAAGAAGUUCCAUAUUUCAGCUUAGACUGAAACGUCAGCCUUCCUGCUCCUCUGAUGCUGCUUGGCCUGCUGUGUUCAUCCAGCUCUACGCCUUGUUAUCUGCAUUUUUCAGCUUUUUUGGUGUAGCUUAGUAAUAUCUGAGUGUUUCAUGUACAGAAAAACCCUGUUAAAUGCGGGGAGACAUGGACACAGUGAGAUCCCAGAAAGAUGGAGCAGGUGAAUGAUCAGGGAAAUCGAUUUUUUUUUCUGUGAUAUCAGUUCAAGGGAAGGCGUUGCAGGCAAGAUACCACAGGAAUUGCCCACGCUCUCACUCUCGAUAUUAAAGAUCCAGUCCAGCAGGCAAUUUCACUGUCUGUGGAAGAAUCGCAGCCUCCGAACAAUUCGCUCCACGUUUCACCUUGGUCUUGCACGCAAAGAAAUGUUAGCUCCCUGUGGGGAUAUGCCCUGCUGCCCGUGACUCACUAUUUUUACGCCAGUGCUGGGAAUGCAACCGGUUUUGUUGGACGCUCGGUGCCUUGUUUAUUUUCAGAGGUAAUGGCAUCAAGCGAAAGAAAUUAACAAAAAAAACAGUGCCGCCCUGAGAAUGCGUUCAGUCAGUGAUAUUGUCGCGUCCAUUCCCUCUUUAAGCCGCUGCCUCACUCACUCUACUUCCUGGUUGCGUCGAGCACUGUGUUUCACUCAGAUAUUUCGCUCAGGGAUACAGUCUGGGAUCACGGCCACUCUCUAACACACGCUGGGACUGUCACUCCUCUAGGAGUGUGUGUGUGUGCACUUUUGCAACUCGGUUUGAGGAGGAGGUUUGACUUCGGGACCAUGGCGACUAUAACGUGCAGAGUGCAAUAUCUGGAUGACAUGGACCCAUUCGUUUGCACCAACUUCCCCGAGCCCAGGAGACCGCCGACUUACAACUUUUACGAGACCAUCCCUUUAAUAGAGCAAGUGACGGCAGUUCAUAAGCUGCUGGACUCCCCGCUGAAGUUGGAAGACUGUGUGCUACAGAUAGCUCCGAAUGGGAAUUAUUUGGAUCUGGAGUUGUCACUGGAUGAGCAGAAGGAUGACCUGGAAGGAUUCUAUGAAGAAGUUGGUAAAGGGAGACGACCUACCAUAAUCCUUCGGACCCAGCUUUCUGUAAGAGUUCAUGCCAUUAUAGAAAAGCUGUACAACUCAACAGGCCCUGAUUUAAGAAGAUCACUUUUCUCUUUGAAGCAACUAUUCCAGGAUGACAAAGACCUGGUGCCUGAGUUUGUAAAUGCUGAAGGAUUGACGUGUCUAAUCAAAGUGGGAGCUGAGGCUGACCAGAACUACCAGAACUACAUCCUGCGAGCUUUGAGCCAGAUAAUGCUGUUUGUGGAUGGAAUGAAUGGCGUCAUCGGUCAUAAUGAGACAGUACAGUGGCUGUACUCACUAACUGGCAGCAUGUACCGUUUGGUGGUGAAGACUGCUCUGAAACUCCUGUUGGUGUUUGUGGAAUACACAGAGAACAACGCAGCUCUUCUCAUCCAGGCUGUCAACACCGUGGACGAUAAAAGAGGCACAAAGACAUGGACGAAUUUAGUUGAAAUUCUGGAGGAGAAGAAUGGGGCUGAUUCUGAGCUGCUUGUCUUCACUAUGACACUCAUUAACAAGACCCUGGGAGCCCUUCCAGACCAGGAUUCAUUCUAUGAUGUUACAGACUGUCUUGAGCAACAGGGGCUAGAAAAAAUCAUUCAACGGCACAUGAGUAACAAAGGAACUGACCCAGACGUAAAGCAACAGUUUACCAUUUACGAGAAUGCACUGAAGCACGAAGAUGGUGAAGAUGACGGACAGAUGCCAAAUGCACGUAGAGACCGGAGGAAGCUGACCCCAAAUGGGGACGAUGGACGGAAAAAUAGGCGGUCAUUUGGACAAAACAUGGCUGAGAUAGCAACCAGCCCAGUACCAGCAACAGCACACAGCCCAACGCCAGGAAAAGUGAGUCCAAGCACUCCUACACAGUUCGAUGUAAAGAGUUCAAAGGUGAUUUCUAUUCAGUCCGCACAAGCAGCUGCCCAAAGCCAUUCUGCGACACCUUCACCCACACCAGUAACUCCUACAUGUGACUUAAAUUCACCGUCUACAAACCAAGUGAAAUCUUCAACAGACCUUCCACCCAGAAAAUUGUAUUCAUCGUUUAGCAAGCCAGAUCUGCUAAACACACCUUCAGAGGAGAAGACAAUGAAAACAGGUCCUGGAGAAAAAAGCAUUUUCAAGGCUGAAAAAGUUGCUGUUAGUGAUAAACCUGUUCUGAGAAAGUAUGAAAAUCGCUUUUUAGAAAAUCUUGUUGCAACACAAAGAGAGAGGGAUUUAAGCAAGUCGCGUUUUUCCAGAGACUUUGCCUCCAUACCCACAGACAGACCUCCUGAUGUUGAAGCGCUUAGUGAAAAGGAGCAACAGAAUGAAGCAUUAAACGAGAGGGAGCCAUGUUCAGCCUCCAGCAGUUCAUCAACCAGCAGCACAUUGGAGAGGGAAGAGAGGGCAGACAGACAGGCGGGCAAUAAUGAGACAGGUCGAUGCAUCAUCCGCCAAUCCAGCCUGGAUCAGUGCAGUGCCAUCUCCAAUGACAAGAAAUUCAUGCUCGACAUGCUUUAUGCUAAAGCCAAGGGCAAUAACCUUCAGCUCACCAAGGAAGAGAGUCCUACUGAAAGUGAGAGGCGAGUCACUGAAAAGGCUUCGGUGGAAUCUACCGAGAGUCUAAUCAAACGCUUUUCCAGGCAGGCCAGCCAUCAGAUUGAGGACAGCGAUAAGAAGCCCAACAUUGAAAGCAUCCCCGGGAAUGUAAAAUCCACGCUGGAGAAAUUUGCAGAACCUCAGGUUAAGGCUUUGAAGGAACAGUUCAGCAUUGAGGCUGAACUUAAUGAGAAGAAUGUGGAGAAAACAUCCAUUAUGAAGAAGGACUCUGAGCACAUGUGGGACCAACUGGAAGCGAGUCCUAGAGUGCUCAAAAUCAAAGAUUUAGAUUUCACAGAUCUCCGUGAGGAGGAGGACAUCGAUGUGCUAGAUAUAGACUCGUGCGUGACCAAGGCAACUGCUCAACAGGAUCUUUCUGGAUCACCUGGGAGUUCAAUGGUUCCGUCGGCGCUGCCGCCACCUCCCCCUCCCCUGCUUGGAGGUCCACCUCCUCCCCCUCCCCCACCCCCACCGCCUGGAGGUCCUCCUCCCCCACCCCCACCGCCACCACCUUUUGCACAGCCAUCUGGCCCCCCUCUACCUCCCCCUCCUCCACCCACUAAUGUAUCCCCUUCACAGGGAGCGAACUCUACAUUAACAAUGAAGAGAAAGACUGUCAAGCUCUUCUGGAAGGAACUGAAGCAGCCCGAAGGCCCCUCCAGGAGCUGUAAAUUUGGCCGGGGCACUGUCUGGGCUUCCUUAGAUAAAGUGACAGUGGACACCACUAAGUUGGAACAUCUGUUUGAAUCCAAAGCUAAGGAGUUACCAACGAAGAAAGGAGGAGAUGCCAAAAGGCAAGGAUUAGUCGUACUGGAUCCAAAGAGGAGUAAUGCAAUUAACAUUGGGCUCACAGUAUUACCACCAGUUCAUAUCAUCAAAAAUGCCAUCCUCAACUUUGAUGAAUAUGCAAUAAACAAGGAAGGUAUUGAGAAAAUAUUGACCAUGGUGCCCACAGAAGAGGAGAAACAGAAGAUCCAAGAAGUCCAGUUGGCGAAUCCUGAUAUUCAUCUGGGAACAGCAGAACAAUUCCUUUUAACCUUGUCAUCGAUCAAUGGGAUUACAGCCAGGCUUCAGCUCUGGGCUUUCAAGCUGGACUAUGAGCUAAUGGAAAAGGAAAUUGCGGAGCCGCUGUUUGACUUGAAGCAUGGAAUGGAGCAACUUGCAAAGAAUAAAACCUUUAAGUGCCUUUUGGCAACUCUACUUGCGAUUGGAAAUUUUCUGAACAAUUCCAGUGCCAAAGGAUUCGAGCUGAGUUAUCUGGAGAAAGUGUCUGAGGUGAAGGAUACACUUCAGAGGCAAUCUUUGCUGUAUCAUAUGUGUAACCUUGUGGUGGAGAAAUUCCCAGACACAACAGAUGUGUAUUCCGAGAUUGCAGCAAUCACAAGAUCUGCUAAAGUUGACUUUGAUCAGUUGGCAGAAAGCCUUGUUCAGCUGGAAAGAAAAUGCAAAGCUUCAUGGGAUCACCUGAAGGUCAUAGCUAAGCAUGAAACCAAACCCGUUCUAAAAAACAAAAUGACUGAAUUUCUGAAGGACAGCACAGAAAGGAUUAUAAUCCUCAAAGUGGUACACCGUCGGAUUAUAAACAGGUUCCAUUCUUUCCUGCUGUACCUGGGCCAUCCUUCCAACUCUGCCCGAGAGCUGAAGAUUACCAGGUUCUGUAAAAUAAUUAGUGAGUUUGCACUAGAAUAUCGGACCACCAGAGAACGGGUCCUGCAGCAGAAACAGAAGAGGGCUGCAUAUCGAGAGAGGAACAAGACAAGGGGGAAAAUGAUCACAGAGACUGCAAAGUUCUCCACAGCAGCUGGUAGCACUGAGAGUAGCCCAGCCCCUGAAACGCCAGAUCACCAGCUACAAGCAGAUGAGGAGCAUGAGAACAUGAAGAAUAUUUUGUCAGUUUCAGAACCACAGACUCGAAGGAGCAGAGGCAACAGAUCUAUAGGAAGGGUCAGUCCGCCUCAUCCUUCUGUUCCUAAAGAUGAAGUAGCGACUCCACCUGAUGAUGCUACUGAUGAAAUUAUGGACCGCCUGGUCAAAUCGGUCACUCAGAAUCCCAACCAGAGGCCAUCUACCCCAAAGGAACGCAAGAGGUCACGAGCAAAUAGGAAAUCUUUACGGCGAACCCUGAAGAGUGGUCUGACCCCGGACGUGGUCCAAGCCUUGGGUUUGUCCAAAGCCCCAGAAGUGGAAGUAUAAGACUUUAUGGAUGUGAAUGAAGCCCAGUGAUCAUCUGAGACAUCUUCACGAAUUAGCACCGAAAGAUCGAGAAAGUGUUUUCUUAUCCCUCCAGAUUCCUGAACUUCACAAGUACUUUUAAACGUUACAGUGCACCUUGUAACUGCACAUUGUUGGAAGGAAUCACACUGAUGAAGUUGAAUCGUAAGAGGACGGCUCAGUAAAUAUUGCAGCCCAGUUCAUUCUAGACAAUGGAUUCAGAGGUCAGAUCAGAGUUCAGUCAAAACAAUGAUAGUAUUCCUUUCUCCAGUUAGACUGAACGAUGAUGUUUUCCCUCAAGGCUACAAGUGUUCAACUGAAAACUCUGAUCCUUAUUUUUCCCCAUUAAAUUUCCCCCAGUCUUUUCUGAAGGUAGUGACUCUUGCUUCUGGAGUACCGUUUGGUAGUUGGUGUUCAUCCUCCAGUAUCAUUCGCGAGUUUGAAACUGGACAGUGUGUGACAUGAGCUCUUAGACAUCAAAGGGCUUUACAACUGAACUCGACCUUGUCCUCCUCCAUGGUCCAAACGUCUUCUUCCAAGAGGAGUCGAUGGAUGGCUGUCAAAUAUGGAAGCAAGGGCUAAAUUUCCUCUUCCCCAAUCCAGAGGUCCUUCCCCUCCCCAUGGUGCUCUGUCAGUAGUUAGCAAACUCACUACGGACUACCGAUGGAGCUUUUACUUCCACAGGCAUAUAUGGCUCAUCCGUACAUAAUAUAUUUAGUCACUGGGGCACCACCAGGAGAUGCCACUGAACUACUUUAAACACUGUGGACAUAACCGCCUAUGGACUUAGUGGAACCAUCACAUCUAUAACAAUAAAUAUUUAAGUUAUGUAUAAGUACUGAUCUUUAACGAGGAAAACUAUGUUGUAAAGAUACCUUAAACUGACAGGGUAGUGAAUUGACAUGAAACUAAAGAUUGCUACAUUACAGUAUCAGCGAAGAAAGCAUAUUUGUUUGUCAGACUACAACAUAAACAUAUUCGAAGUUGUCUUCAAUAUUAAACAUCGUUGGCAGAUAUGGACAAACCAGCAUGUUCAUAGGCAGUCCAUGUUACAAAUACAAAUUUGCACUGGAUGUCUCAUUUAUCAUUUAAAUGACCGUUUAGAGGCAGUAUUAAGAUAUCACCUUCUAAGAAACCACUAAUUGACAACUUGAUCAAUAGAUUAGCUGCAGUGUAGUUCCAACAAUUAUCUACCAAGAUCCAAAUAUACCUUCCAUCAAAUGUUGCUGAAUUAAAGAGAUUGCUAAAAUAGGAAAAUAUACCAAGUGCUACCAAUGAACACCAUUCUACAUUUUAAACUAUAGGAUCAAAGGUUUUUCAGGAUUGUAUGAUGUAUUUUCAUAAACUAUAUAUUUUUAUCUGUGAGAUUUAAAUUUUUGAAUGUUUGUAUAAGUGUUGUUGCAACAAUUAAAUGUUCCACAUUUUU